AUGGACCUGGGAACAAGAAUCACGUCAAUAAUCCAUAAGAGGGAUAAAGCGGGGAAAGAAAUCUUCAGCGUAGCCAAAACCUUUCCCAUGGAGGCAUGGAUGAUGCAACCAAUCUCGUUCUCUGCCAAGGAUGUCCCGAUGAACGGCCAAGCACAUGGAUACCAAUUAGUCAUCACCUUACUCAUUAAAGAAUGGGGAGUAAAGAGAAUAUUAGUGGAUAGUGGGAGCUCGGUCGAAGUCCUAUUUUAUGAUACAUUUAAAAGGAUAGACUUGUCCGACAAUAUCCUAAUUGCGCCUCCCUACCGGAUUUACGGCUUCAACGGGACAAUAACUAUACCAAAAGGAGAAGUCACGCUUCGGGUCUCAGACGGGGAAGGAUAUCUGGAUACCCUCACUACCUUAUGUGUCGUUGAUAUUGUGUCACCAUACGAGGAAAUCAUUGGGAUACCAUGGAUUGCAGGUAUUAAAGGAAUAGCGUCGGCUUACCACCAGAAGUUGAGGUUUCCCAUCUACAGAGGUGUUGUUGAAGUGGUAGGUGAUACACAGGCCGCAAGGAAGUGCAUGCAAGUUGCUGUACAACAGAAUGAAGACAUGCGAUCUAGGAUACGAGGAGAAAAGAACAAAGCUAAGGAGGUCAAGGCCGGGGAAGAACUAGAAAAAGUAAUUGUACAUGCGAUCAAGACCUAUGAGGUAGGUGAGAAAGGGAUCUUAUAG